UUACACUUGUGCUUCCUUCUGGAGCUCUGCACUGUGCUCCUCUGGCUUCAACAGCGGCAGUAACACAAACUAAAUGUAUUCCCUUUACUGAACUUCCUUUCCUUGCUGACUUGAGGAAGCAAUGGCACUAAUGCAGUUUAUUUUAUGAUUCCAGGCUGUCUACCGUGAUUAUGCCAGCCUUGAGUCAAACGAAGGUGAAGCUUUCAAAUCCCCAUUUUCCCUGCAGGUGGCAGGAGACCAUUGCUUGCUCUGUCCUUGGAUCAAGAUUAUUAAGACCUGUUGGAUAAUUCAGCAUUUUUUUUUUUUUCCAGCCUAGCUAUGAUUGCACCUUAUAUACCUGUUUUUCAGAAUUUAUUUCCCAGAUUGUUACCCAGCAGUUCUUAGCACAGAUACCAUUUUCAUUCACAUCUGUAUUCUGUUAAGUGGGUGGCAGUGUAUCUUGGAUACCACCUACUUGCAGCUAGGUUCUUCAUCUCAAUGUGCUCCAGCUGCAAGAGUACCCUUAAAGCUGCUGGCAGUGAGUAAGCUAGAAGGAAGUUGGUUGUAUAACAGCCUCUUCAUCUUUGCUGACCACCCGAGUUGAUGUCUUGUUUACCACAUCAGGAAAGCUAACAAACUGCAUGCUAAAGGAAACAGCACAGCAGGACAACCCUUUUUUCCACAAAGAGGAAGAAACUGCUGUGCUCAAGUCCUUAUUUUGCAGCAGUGAUUCUGUGAUGCAAGUUCCAAGAGUUAUUCUUUCUGUGAUUAUCUUCUCUAUGGCCUCUUCUUGCUGAUGCUUGUCCCAGAUCGGGGCACAAAGCGGAAGGAUGCUGAAGAAUGGGUAUCCUCCUUUUGGCUUUUAGAGCAUGGGCACUUAUGUAAAGAUGCAGCUGUGAUCCUCGGCUGUGUGUCUCACCGAAGGGACCUGAUGUUUUACAUUAUUGGUGGGAUCACAGUAUCUGUUGUAGCUUUCUUCUUCACCAUUAAGUUCCUCUUUGAGCUUGCCGCACGUAUAGUCAGCUUCCUUCAGCAUGAGGACCGGGAACGCCGAGGGGAGCGAACUAUUUAUGACUACGUGCGAGGCAACUACCUGGAUCCCCGGUCCUGCAAAAUCUCCUGGGAUUGGAAGGACCCCUAUGAGGUGGGCCACAGCAUGGCCUUCCGAGUGCAUUUAUUCUAUAAAAAUGGGCAACCCUUCCCUGCUCACCGACCUGUGGGGCUGCGAGUUCACAUCUGCCAUGUGGAGUUAGCAAUUGAUAUUCCUGUAACCCAGGAAGUUCUUCAGGAGCCCAAUUCCAAUGUGGUGAAAGUGGCUUUCACUGUGCGCAGGGCUGGGAGAUACGAAAUCACUGUAAAACUCGGUGGCUUGAAUGUGGCCUACAGCCCCUACUACAAGGUUUUCCAGCCAGGAAUGGUGGUUCCCUCCAAAACCAAAAUUGUGUGCCAUUUCUCCACUCUGGUGCUGACCUGUGGGCAGCAGCACACUCUGCAGAUAGCUCCCAGAGAUGAGUAUGACAAUCCCACCAGCAAUUCUGUGUCUCUGAUAGAUGAGCACAAUUACAGCCUCUCCAUCCAUGAGCUGGGUCCUCAAGAAGAAGAGAGCUCUGAAGUGGUGUUUGAGAAGUCUGUGGUGUCCAAUCGGCAGACUUGCGAGGUGUUCUUCCGACUCACCUUGCACUCCAGGGGAUGUUUCCACGCCUGCAUCUCCUACCAGAACCAGCCCAUAAGCAAUGGUGAUUUUGACAUCAUUGUUCUAAGUGAGAAUGAAAAGAACAUUGUAGAACGCAAUGUGUCCACCUCAGGUGUCAGUAUUUAUUUUGAAGCUUACCUUUACGAUGCUCCUAGUUAUACCAACACUCAGUGGCAGCUUCCCCCAAUGCACCUGAGUUCCUCCCAGCGCCGUCCUUCUACUGCAAUUGAGGAUGAAGAUGAAGAUUCUCCUUCUGACAGCCAGACCCCCGAGAAAGUGAAGAAGCCUAAAAAAGUGUACUGCUAUGUGUCACCUAAGCAAUUCUCAGUGAAAGAAUUUUACCUGAAGAUCAUUCCAUGGCGCCUUUUCACCUUUAGAGUGUGUCCUGGCACAAAGUUUUCAUACCUUGGUCCUGAUCCUGUGCACAAAUUACUGACACUGGUGGUGGAUGAUGGGAUCCAACCCCCUGUGGAGCUCAGCUGCAAGGAGAGGAACAUCUUGGCAGCCACUUUCAUUCUCUCUCUGCAUAAAAACAUAGGAGGCUCUGAAACCUUUCAAGACAAAGUGAACUUCUUUCAGCGAGAGCUACGUCAGGUGCAUAUGAAAAGACCUCAUUCGAAGGUCACGUUGAAGGUCAGCCGCCACUGUCUGCUGGAGUCGUCUUUUAAAGCAACACGAAAUUUUUCUGUUUCUGACUGGAGCAAAAACUUCGAAGUGAUUUUUCAGGAUGAAGAAGCUCUGGACUGGGGAGGUCCACGCAGAGAGUGGUUUGAACUCAUUUGUAAGGCAUUAUUUGAUACCACCAAUCAGCUGUUUACCCGCUUCAGUGAUAACAACCAGGCCUUGGUGCAUCCAAACCCAGGGCGUCCCACGUAUUUACGACUCAAAGUGUAUGAAUUUGCGGGCCGCCUGGUAGGAAAGUGUCUGUAUGAAUCAUCUCUGGGAGGUGCUUACAAACAACUGGUUCGAGCUCGCUUCACUCGAUCCUUCCUGGCUCAGAUCAUAGGACUUCGUAUGCAUUACAAGUAUUUUGAAACGGAUGACCCAGAAUUCUAUAAAUCCAAAGUGUGCUUCAUACUGAACAAUGAUGUGAGUGAGAUGGAUCUGGUCUUUGCUGAAGAGAAGUAUAGCAAAACAGGACAGCUGGAGAAGGUGGUAGAGCUGGUGGCAGGAGGGGCUCAAGUACCAGUGACCAAUGAAAACAAAAUCUUGUACCUAAAUCUGCUUGCACAGUACAGGCUGGCAAAUCAGGUUAGAGAGGAGGUGGAUCACUUCCUGAAAGGUCUUAAUGAAUUAGUUCCUGAGAACCUCUUGGCUAUUUUUGAUGAGAAUGAGCUUGAGCUGCUUAUGUGCGGUACUGGAGAUAUCAGUGUCUGUGACUUCAAGGCACAUGCUGUAGUGGUAGGAGGAUCUUGGCACUUCCGUGAGAAGGUAAUGAGGUGGUUUUGGACUGUGGUCUCCAGUUUCACACAGGAAGAGCUGGCCAGGCUUUUGCAGUUCACUACUGGUUCCUCUCAGCUGCCUCCAGGAGGGUUUGCUGCACUCUGUCCAUCUUUCCAGAUCAUUGCAGCUCCAACUCACAGUACUUUGCCGACAGCCCACACUUGUUUUAACCAGCUGUGCCUCCCUACUUAUGACUCCUAUGAAGAAGUGCACAAGAUGCUGCAGCUAGCUAUCAGCGAGGGUUGUGAGGGAUUUGGCAUGCUGUGAUUUCCCCUUCCCAGGAGACCAUUUAGCCUCUCGGCUCCCUGGGGCAAGACCCAGGUUCAAUCCUCUGCUUGUUCUCCUUCCCUACACUUGGGCAGUGGAGGCAAAGCAAAGAAUCCAUGUAAAGGAAUUUGUCAUCCAGAAGAUGUCAUGUGGCCUUUCUGUAUCCCAAAUAUGUCAUCAAGAGCUCAUCUUUUCCCUUUUCCUCGUUCUCCCUUUGGUUCAAUGUGAAAAAGCAAAAGGACUGGUGCAUUUGUCAAGGAAGAUAUUGCACUUGAUUUCCAUGCACCCUGUAUGCCCAUCCUUCUGUGAGAAGAUGAAGUUCAUAAGCAGAAGUUACGUUGAGGUGCAGGAGAUCUGCUGAGCUGCCUUUACUGUAGCUCUCUAGGAGGAAGAGGGAAGACCAGCAUGGAGCUCUGCUGGAAGCCUUGGCUCAUAGGGAGUCUUAGUAACUUCCUUUACCUUGGCUCAACUCCCUCAGUGAUGCUCCCUGAUAUCACAUUAUGACUCAUGAGGAGAAUAGAGUUGUCCAUCCUUUCAGCAUCUGGCCCAGAAGGGUUUCUGGUUCUCCUUCUCCAUCUUGCUCUGGAUGCUGUUGUUGUCUGUGCCACAGAGAAAAAAGCGCAGUAUCCACUGGAGGGAGUAACCCAAAGAGGAAAAAAAUCUAAUUGGAGCACAAGUGCUGGCCCUGACAGUGAUCCUGUACUACCUCCGCCAGGGUCCAGCAGCAGAAGCGCCCUUCUCCAGCAGUGGCUGGUAAUUAGCCUCUGCAAACGAACUGGAAGAGGAGUUUCUCCUCCACUGAAUGUUUCUGACAGUUGAUGUUGCACAGGAAGCUAUUCCAUGCCCUUGCCUCCUUUUCCCUUCCUCAGGAGAGAGAGUAUGGGCAUGAGUGUGAUCCUUCAAUGCUGAGCACCAAUGCCUAUCCCACAUUCACCUUCAGGGUAUGUAUGUUAUGUGGUACCAGUGACAGAUCAAUAAGCAGCUACAGUGUGCACUGUGCUUGCAAUUGUUGGGAUGAUGGUACUGGACAGAACAUGGUACCUCCACCCCAGCAUGCCACAGGAUCUUGGCUUCUACCUCUAUCAUGCAGCAGCCUGAGGCUUCUCUUUCUCUACUGCAUUUCAGGCAGAAUAUCCAGGGCAUUGCUGGUGCCUGGAGAGCAGCUAGAUUUCUGCCCUUCCAACCUUCUUACUAUCUUUCUUCAUCUUUCCACAUGUUCCAUUUAGUGCUGUUAGCUCUCCAGUACAAAACAUUAACUAGAAUUUCACUUAGGUGGUCACUCAGCAGCUUGCACCUACCAUUGUCUGGCUUGUGGGGAAAGGAGUGGCUAGACCAGAAUGAGAAGUAAGCUUAUGACUGGGGUCUGUUAUAGUUGGCAAUCUGUUCAGCCCUUCCCAGGGAAGUAAAGGGAAGGGGAGUCUAGGAAUCACUGAGUUCUUCAGUGAAGCAAAAUUCAAGAUCUUUGCUUUCUGCAGUCUACAAGUAAGUCAAAGCCAUGCAGGAAUCAAAGUGGAAGAAAUGCAUUGCUACUACCUGCAAUGUAAUCUUUCAUUGGAUUAUGGAAUUGCUGGAUUUCUUCCAGAGUGGAUUCUCAGACUGGCGUCCUUAAGCUAAUUUUAGAACACUACUGGAUAAAAUGUCACAUCAUCCUCUUCAGUCCCCUUCUGCUGUCCUCAGGCUGAUCCGGUCAGACCUGAGCACAGUAUGGAUAUUUUAAGUUAACUAUGUGUGUUUUUCAAAUAUAGCUUAGUUGAAUUGACUGGGAAUUUGAGGGAAAUAUUCUCCAUCUAUAAAUUUUUUUUAAAGGCAGCAUCUUAGUCAUUCUUGGGCUGAGUGUGUUACUUCUGUUCAGAAAAAAAUAAGCCAUUUUGGUGCCAAAAAGCAGUCAGCUGAACUUUGAGACUACUCAGGGGGAUUUCUUUGCCUUGUGAAUUCAUUCGCUCACUGGCACCAAGGUGCUGCGAGGCUGCCAGCUUGAUAGCUGCCACUGUUGUGCUCUGACAGAUCACAUUAGUAGUGGCUGUUCUCCCUUUUUUAGUGCAGGCUGCAUUCUGCAAGGUUCUGACCUUCUUUGGGUGGAGAGUAUGGUACCAUUUUUUAUUUAUACUGCAGGUGGCUUCCAUGGCCGGUAGAGUUACAGCUCCUGUGUUUACCAUGCCACUGCUUCAGUGCUUUCUCCCGGGACUGAGAGGAGGUGGUGGUGCUCAACUCCAGUUUCUUGGGAGGUGUAGCUUGGUGUUUUUUCCAUAUUGUAGGCUCACUUGGUUGAGGAUGUUUUCAGUCCCGUAGCUAUGGGCCAGCUCUGACAGUGACAUCUCCCUCAGGAAUCUUCUCCCUUCUCUUGAGCUGGCCUUUUUUUUAUUCUGAGGAUGAAGUGGCUGACCACUGAGUGGACUUCUACUGGAAAGAGCUCCUAAAUGCUUCUCAUUUUACUGCGGCCAGCACCCAACACUUCCCAGCAGCUGUGAAGAUGCCAAGGACUUCCUUCUUAACGCAAGUGCAGUCAGAACUGGGAUGGGUAUUAGUCAACUAAACCCAGCCCUUCUGUUUGCACAGGCCCCUAGGCUGCCCCCGUGUUCCUGAGUUCCACCACAGUGUUUCUAAACUUAUCUCUAGCUUUACACCCUUUCCCAGUACAGCCACAUUUAAUGCUGCCCUUAUGCUGGCAAUGGGGAUGUGCUUUGGUCACCUAUACUGUAUGUUACUUCUGGCAGAGGCUCAUUACUUUCCUUUUUUUAUUCCUUAUUUAUUGCCACUUAAUAGAGGCUCUUCUGUAGAAAUCCUUAGGAUCCUGAUACCAUCUUAGACAGGUUCUGUGUUUCCUGAAGCUGCUUUGAGGUGCAGGGGGCCUGUACCUGCAGGCCAUGUUGCAUGUUUAUAGAAACCAGGAGCUGUGGAUGAUACAGGUCAAAUCCUAUUUCCCUCUGGUGAAUUUCUGGCAGAGUUCAGCCAAAAUUUGGAAGCCUGUGGUUGUAGUAGCUGAUUUUGU